CAAAUGAGGACACAAACCAACGCAAAAGGAAAAGAAAAGGGCAUAAAGAACUGUUAGAAGAGGCAGAAUUUGGGUGUGGAUUUUCGUCGCGUUUGUAGUUUAGUUGAAAAAACAUGUCCGGAGUCAACACUUAUUUCUGAAUUACGCCGUUUCGAUAUAUAAGAAAAAAUGUUUGGACAGCCUCGAGCCCCCUUUGGAGGCACAACAUCCUCCUUUGGGGCAAGCUUCGGGACCCCCAGUACAACAACAACAGGCUUUGGAAACACAUCCUUUGGAAGGACCACAUUUGGAAAUCCACAACAAACAACAAGUUUUGGAACCACAACAACACCAUUUGGUGGUGCUACAUCAUCUGGCACUUCCCUCUUUGGUACACAGCAGCAGCCGGCAACAGGCGGGCUGUUUGGACAACAGCAAACACAACAGCCAUCAACUGGUUUCAGUCAUCCUAGUAGUGGUUUUGGUUCUACUAGUGGUGGUGGAUUAUUUGGACAGACACAACAACCAACAAGCACAGCAGGCCUAUUUGGCAGCACUGGCACGAGUGGGUUUGGUGCCCAACAAUCAACACAGAGUAGACCAUUUGGCUUUGGUCAGACCACAACCAGUACCACUGCAGGAGCAGGAGGUCUAUUUGGUACCACACAGCCAACCACUGGAGGAGGAUUGUUCAGUGGUACAACAGGAUUUGGUGCCACCGGAGGAGCUGUCACAGGCACGACUGUCAAGUAUGAACCUGUAACAGGCACAGACACCAUGACCAGAAAUGGUGUAUCAACAAACAUUCGGACGCGAAUUGAAGUCAUCUCAACCAUGAAGGAAUAUGAAAAUAAAUCUCUAGAAGAGCUGCGUGUUGAGGACUACUUAGCUAACCGCAAGGGUCCAGGCCAAGGAACAACUCUACCUGGCUUUGGUCAGACACCCCAGGCAACAAGUACCCAGCCACAGAUGCAGGGUACAGGGUUGUUUGGAACAAGCACUGGUACUUCUCUCUUUGGAACUGCAAAGCCACCAGAGAAUAAGUCCCUCUUUGGCACUGGAACCACUAGUGGUUUUGGUACAACCUCAGGUGGUGGCCUCUUUGGAAGUGGAACAAGCACUGCUGCAUUUGGUCAGACUAGCACUGCUCCAGCCACAAGCUUCUCCUUUAACCAGACAACACAGCAACAACAAAAAACAGGAGCCUUCUCCUUUGGCACCACCCCGACAUCAACACCAUCACUGUUUGGUUCAACACCGCAGCAGCAACAACAGCCAUCCUUUGGCUUUAGUGGUGGCUUCCAAUUGGGUCAGAACACUCAGCAACAGAAUACUGGUGGUGGUCUUUUUGGAAAUCAGAAACCUGGAUUCUUCUCAAAUCAGAAUACAGGUACUGGGCUGUUUGGCAGUAAACCGGCUGGCACAACCCAGCCUCUGACCACUGGAUUUGGAACCACCAACCCCGUACCACCAUUUGGUUCAACCCCAAAUACUAGUGCUGGCGGGGGACUCUUUGGUGCACAAAACACUCAAAACAAGACUGGAAUGUUCUCUGGCUUUGGUGGUAGUAGUGGUUUUGGGACCACAGGCUUAUUUGGUCAAAACAACAAUCAGCAGAAACCAGGGAGCCUCACUUUUGCAACACCAAGUUUUAACCCUGGUCUGGGUCAAAAUUUGGGAAGCAAUACAGGGAUGGGCUUGUUCAACGCAGGUGGCACAAAUACCAGUGGUGUAGGCCUUGGCGGGGGUGGCCUUUUAAGCACCAAUACAGGUUUUGCAUUGCCACAACAAACUGCAGUUGGUGGGGCAGCAGGCGGAAGUGCAUAUCCAGAUCUUGGAAAACUUGUCAAAGCCUUGACAGAGAAGCCAUUUUUGAAUAUAACUAAUAAUGAAAAAUCAUCAUCAGAUAAAUCUAGUUCACCGAGUGACCAAGGUGGGUCAAAACUGACUAGCUCUAACUUGAAACCUACGUAUGUUCUUUCACCAUCACUGGUUGCCAAUAACAAACUGAAACCCAAGCCAAUUGCCAAGAAUAACAACCAAGGAAAUGACAGACACUGGCUCUUCAAAGGGCUAGAUGAUCCUAAUGAGGAGAGCUCAGAGGAUUUCCUAAAGCCCAAGAAAUAUCCCAGCGUAAGGAAACUGAACCUGAAGGUGUUCAAGGCUGCUAAGGCUGAUUCGUCCCUGAGCAGCCCGACCGUCAGUACCACGGCUGAUAAGCCGGGCGCAGGGGAUGCUCCCUCUCCACUCACCACUCCUGUCAGUCCCAUUGGCGACAGCACACCCAUCAGAACUAGCCUCCCUCCCUCACAUGACAGCUCUCCCACACCUGACAUAAUCAAGGGAAGAGAGAAGAUCAAAAGUCUCAACCUGAGAAGCAAGCCCCAGAUGAACGAUACAUUGGCUGACCUGAAUGUAGUUCAGCUGGCAGGUGCUGAAGCUGUGGAGGGAAAUCUGGAAGGUGCAGAGAAUGAUGAAAAGGACUCCAGUGCCGAGGCUGAUAAGGAAAACAUUUCUAUCUUUGAUGUGUCCGCUGCUGAGGAUAUUCCAGCUAUGGUCAACAAGUCUUCUGACAAGCCACACCCUGCAGGUAUCAAGCUCACUCGGUCAGGGUACUUCACUCUUCCCCCACUGGAUGUGCUGGCAGAGAUGUUGGACUCAGAUGGGCAAUGCCUAGUUGAGAAUUUCACUGUGGGCCGUUAUGGAUAUGGAAACGUGUGUUUCCUUGGUGUCACUGAUGUUGCUGGCAUUGACUUAGAUUCCGUGGUGUUCAUCCUUCGGAAGCAAAUUGAAGUUUAUCCAGAGGGGACGCAGAAGCCACCCCAAGGCCAAGAACUAAAUAAACCUGCUAUUAUUACGCUAGAUUGUGUCUGGCCAGUUGAUAAGACCACGCGAGAGGUGAUCAAAUCUUCAGAACGACUACAGGCAAUGGGAUGGGCAGAUUAUCUGGAGCGCCAGUGUGUCAAAAUGGAAUCGACUUUUGUUGAAUACCGCCCAGAAACUGGAUCAUGGGUCUUUAAGGUGAAACACUUUUCCAAAUACGGUUUGCAAGAGGAUGACGAGGAGGAAAUGGUGACAGCUCCACCUAAGACAAAUGUGGCAGCUCCUUUGGCCACCCACCGAGCCCCCCUCGGCUCUACAGCUGCGCAGCUCCCUCCUAUCCCCAUGCGAACAUCUGGUCCCCCUGCCACUGCCUUGACUUCACCUCCACAGUUCGGCCUUAGUCACAUGGUCAUGGCUAGCCUCCCCACAAAAUCGAUGAUGCAGCCAAGGCACCUUGAUAGCCCAUCGCUUCAAGACACUCAGGCAUUUGAGGAAGAACAUAUGGAUUCUUUUAUUGCCAAGGAAGCAGAGGAGAGUGCAGCCAUGACUGUGCUGUCCCCCAGUGCUGAGCGUUUGACCGUUGUGUCCAGGGUUGUUCCCAAAACAGUCCAGCUGGCCAAGUGGCAAAUGUUUGCUGGUGAAGAGGAAGAGGAGUCCCAGCAACCCACCAGAGAGUCGACUCCAACACCACAAGUUCCCCGAGGAUCUGUGAAGAAACUUCAUCUGACAAUGGAUACUUCCAUGAAUCAGACUCAGAGAAUGACAGCUAGUCCCAUUCCCAGUGAACCAGUCAAACCCAAAACUGUACUGCAGCCACAACCUGUCACUUUGGGUUCACCCCCUAAAGCCAAUGUACAGAGUGAGUCUUGCCCAAGUGCAGAACUGCGUGACCCUCGCUCAGAGUACCUUUUAUUGCAAAGUGGGAGUGACAUUGGCAGGGAGUCUGGUCAUGUACCACCACAGCACCAAACUGCUCUUGUACCACUUGAGUCCUCCCUCCUUUCUGGGAAAGACCACCUCUCUGCUGACAUGGGAGCUUUCAUGGGUCGGUCAUUCAGAGUGGGCUGGGGUCCUGGUUGGAGGUUUGUUCAUGGUGGGCCAAAACUCACGCCAACAAUGAUGGAAGAGGAGGAUGACCUAAGAAUUGUGAAAGAAAAUGCUUUGUCUGUACCAUCUCCUGCAUCUUUCCUCUUCAUGGGAGCUGCUCAUUCACAGCCUAGAAUGACAGCUACAGCGGAUGCACCAAGGUACAACUUGUCAAUGGAGAAAUUACACACAGUUCAUCAUAGUCCCCAUCACCUAACAGAAGCAAGCCUGGAACGUGUAUUAGAAUACAGCAUAGUAACCUGUGAUGAGAUCAGUGAUUCUACUGAACCAUCAUGUCCUCACUUCCGACCAGUAUCAGACGUGGAACUGCUCCAUCAACUAGCCGAAACUGCAUCCUGUUUUGCACAAAAGGAUGCCACUGUGUCUAAUAUAUUUGACCUAUGUGUUGCACUCUGGGGAAGGUUGGAUUUCUACUCUCCUGAAUCUGAUGGUGAAAGUGAAUAUGCCAUUUCACGAGCUAGAGUGGAGUCGCUCAGCCUGUGGUUGGAGGCUGUUAGCAAUGCAGCUGUUCAGGAGGAAGUGGAAGUUGCUCUCAAUGACGAAAAGAAUGAAGAAAGCUACUUAGAUGCAGUUUUUGCCCACCUAACAGCUCGGCAAAUUUCUGAAGCUUGUGUCCUUGCUCAGGAUAAAGGUGAUCAUCAUCUAGCCCUUUUGUUAGCCCAAACCUGCUUUGGUCAGGAUGCUCCAAGAGAAAUCCUAGCACAGCAACUUGCUAAUUGGGCAGAGGGUGGCACUGAUGCCCUUAUGGCACCACCACGUCUCUCCCUCUAUGCGCUUCUGGCAGCUGCACCAACACAUCAGGCAUCUCACACUACUGUCAACACCUGCCAAGGACUUGACUGGAGACGAGCUCUUGGCCUACACCUGUGGUACGUAUGUCCAGCCACAGCAACAAUAGCAGAAGCACUACAAGAGUACGAACAAGCCGCUGGUUUAAAGGGUGAUUCUCCAAGUUAUUGUGAUCUGCCUUUACCGCCUUACAUGAUGAAUCAAGCGUUACCUGAUCAAAUGAAAGUGAGCUACGAUGUCUGUUACCACCUUUUGAAGCUGUUCACUGAUCCAAUGCAUCAGCUAGAGGUUCUUCUUAAUCCAGCAACUAUAACACCUGACCCUGUUGAUGUAUCAGUAAGCUGGCUCUUGUGGCGUGUCCUAGAGAGUCUGGGCUACUCUCAUCUUUCCCAGCAAGUCAGUGCCAAUUUGCAUCUGAGCAUGGCAGCUCUUCUAGAGUCAGUAGGAAACUGGCACUGGGCAGUCUUUGUUUUAAUGAACAUUAAUGAUGAAGAGAGACGGAGUAGAGAGGUCCAGGAAUUGCUCAGACGACAUGUAGCUGUUGGAGAAGAGGAAGAGUCAGAUCCCAAAUACAGCAUGAGGGAGAGAUUUGUGCUUGAGAAGUUGCGCGUACCCCAAAAGUGGCUACAUCAAGCUAAAGCCACCAAAGCUCGGACAUUAGACAUGGUUGAUGAGGAAGCUUGGUACCUUCUGAAGGCAGGCGAAUACAACCGAGCACAUGUACUUAUUGUUGAUACCAUUGCUCCUAAUUCAAUCAUAAAUGAGGAUCACGAAUACCUACAUGGAUACCUAGACCAGCUUUGUGAUGAUGGAGUUCGUAAUAGUGUAGUGGAUUGGGCUAUUGGAGGCGGCGUUUAUGCCGACUACCUCGAUGUUUGUUCGGUAGUAGAAGACAUGAAGAAGUCUGCAGAUCCAACACCUGCCAAGCUUGAACAGUUGCGGCCACGUCUGCUUGCAUUGUGCUCCAGACUUAACAACCUCAAAUGCCACACUGCCACACACAGAUUGUGCGUAUCAGAGAUGAGCCGAGUGGUAGUGGGAGUCUUGAGAGCUGUUGUAGGUGAGGGAACUGACGCCACACAAGUCCUCUCACAGCAGCUGUCCGGUCUGCCCUUAACACAUGACUAUGCUCUUGCUGAGCUUAACCUUGUCACAACUCACUAUCUCACACAUCUUGCUGCUGAGAGGUGAGAGUUUGAACUCCUGAAAUAGACGGAUACGAAUUUUGCUGCGUUGCAAGACAAAAACAAAAAUGGAGCGGAUGCAUCUUUCAAAGGUGUAAGCUAUUUUUUCCUUAAGUUUUGGAGGUUGCAGAGGGAGAACAGAAAUUAUGUGAUAAUGUUUACAGUGUUUUUGGUGGGAUUCUUGAUAAUAUUGUGCUAUUGCAAUUUACAAGGAAACAAAAGUUAUAUGCUAGAAAAUAAGUAAAGAAGAACAUGCUGUGAUGCAAAAGAUAUGAAGUGAAAUGGGUGAAAUAUCACUAAAGUGCAACAAAUGAGAUAUUGCCAGCUCUUCCUAACCUUUUUGACAACUCUUGCUUGAUAACUAAGAGAAGUAACCAAGGUGAAAUAGUGACAUAAGAAGUGGGCUUUGUGAUGUCUUUAAUAUGUUAAAAUGAUAUGUAUUUAUGAGAAAAAUAGAUUUUAGUGUGCAAAAUGGAACAUAUAGUGAGUAUGAAUCUGAUACAGAUUUAGGAGUGUCUUGAAGAAAAAUGAAUAAUAUACACAAGUCAAGAAGCUUUUCAAGAAUAUCAUAUCCUCAGAAAGGGAAAUAAACACAAAUUAUAUACAUCAUUAGAAGAUUAUGAUAUAAAUAAUGUUUGCCGUUUGAUAUAUAGGAGUCAGGUAUUUUCUGUAAUCUUAACACCUUUGGUACAAGUAUUGUGAUUAAUGUCACUGAUAUAGAUGUCUUCACAGUGCAGUACAAGGAAAAAAGCAUCUUUUUGGUUCAAAGUUAGUUAUCUGCAUAAGGUGGUGCAAAACUUUUUGUGGUGUUAUUUUAGAUAUAUUUUCAAUUUCUAUCUACAUUAUUAUUUGGUUAUCUAGUUAUUCCAUUAUGUUUAUAUACCUAUCAGCUGGAAAGGCUAAAAGCUCUUUUAUCCAUUAUGGUGCCAAUCAGUCUUAACAAAUAUAAUGGGUUCAGUGUCAUGCUGCUUGAAAAUCCAAAAAUGCUUUAAAAUAACUAUGCAGAUUAAUGAAACAUUCUUUUCAUCUAGUGUAAUCUACAGAAUAUUCAUGAGUAGACAAAUAUCUAUUGAAACUUUUUAAUAAUCCAAAAGUGAUGGAAUUUUUUUUUAUUUGUUUUCUUUGAAUGUUUUUCCUUGUAAAUGAGUCGGUUGUCUCAAAUGAAGAGUGAAUAUGAACUAGUAUAAAACAGGAAAAGUUCACUGCCAUUCAUGUAUUUCAAAGGGAUAGCAAUGUAUGGCAAAGUGAAAUCAACAGCCUUUAGACGCUUUGAUGCUUAUGUUGCGAAUGUCCUGGUGUCCAGUGUUAUAUGUUGAUGAUUUUUGUACCCUAUACUAUUUUAUGUUUUAAUAAAAAGUUGUAUGGAUGAUGUUGCAGAUGGUUUAGAGAAUAAUAAAAAAGAGUACAUUUG